AUGCCUCUAGCUUAUAUUCCCAGGUCUCUCGCCAAUACCGUACGCUCUGAGCCUGUCACUGCCAUCUAUCUCUGUGCCAGUGCACCCACCGAAGUCGCCGCUCCUCUAGAACCUGGAGCCUCUAUCAGUGGAAAAAUGACCAACCAUUGGGUCAUGUACCUAGCGGCAUCCUCUACUCGUUCCAUCUGUUUCGAUCCCAGUCCCACAGGCCCAGGAAACUCCCUUGAUCUCAUCAUUACCAGCAAGAACAUUUCCCACAUUAACAGUGCCGUCAAGAGCAUGUACCUCACCACUACGGCAGACCUCAAAAUUGGAAACGUCUUGGAUCACAUCACCAAUUGCAAGUAUGACAAGUACACUUUCAGCGCUGGAGGGCAGGGAUGUAGAUUUUGGCUCUACUCCGUUGUGGAAUCUCUGAGUUCAGCUGGAUAUAUCACUGAUAGCUCUGAGGCGGAUGCUGCCAAAGAGGCAUUGGGCAUCGUGUGGGAUAUUGAAGAGGGCCGCGUUCCUGCAGUUCAGCAGACGGGUAUGACCAAGGGCACUUUUUAA